CAAAACUACACACUUGACAGCCAACAGCCACCACGAGCACUCGUCUUCUUCUCCUUCGCUAGCUGUCGAAAUUGAAAUUUUGAAAAGAAAUUUUGUACUCGGAAACUUACUCGUCAGACGUCAGAGUGGGUGUGGUGUGGCAGAAGGGAAUUUUUUAGACGUGAGAUUACUAGGAGGUAGAAAAGAAGAUGAAGAUUAGGACGAUUUUGGCCGUGGUGUUGGUUGCCGUGGGGGUGGUGCGAGCCGACGAAGAAAUCAAGACUGACGAAGGAGUUAUUGUUCUCACCAAGGGGAAUUAUGCCAAGGUGUUGGAAGACAAUCAGCAUGUCCUCGUCGAAUUUUAUGCCCCAUGGUGCGGACAUUGUAAAGCCUUAGCCCCAGAAUAUGCCAAAGCAGCCAAGAAAUUAGAAGAAUCCGGUUCAGCCAUCAAAUUGGGCAAAGUUGACGCCACGGAAGAGUCGGAAUUAGCAGAGGAAAACUCUGUCCGAGGAUAUCCCACCCUCAAAUUUUAUAGGAACGGAAAGGCCAUCGACUACUCUGGGGGUAGGACAGCGGAUGAGAUUGUUCUUUGGUUGGAGAAGAAGACGGGACCAGCUGCUAAGACCAUUUCAUCGGCUGAGGAUCUCAAGAAGUUCACGGAGGAUGGUGAAGUAGCUGUUGUGGGUUUCUUUAAGAGCGAGACAUCCGAUGCGGCUAAAGAAUUUUUGAAGGUCGCCGAUGGUGUGGACGAUUAUCCCUUCGCUAUCGUCACUGAUUCUUCACUCAUUUCUGAGAACAAGGUUGAUGGUGAUGCAGUCGUGGUCUUUAAGAAGUUCGAUGACGGUCGUGCCGAAUUAUCCAAAGAUUUGACGGAGGAGAACAUUUCCAAAUUCGUCAAGGGUGAAAGUCUUCCAUUGAUUGUCGAUUUCAACCACGAGACGGCUCAGAAAGUGUUUGGUGGUGAAAUCAAGUCCCACGUCCUCAUGUUUUUGUCCAAGGAAGCCGGUCAUUAUGAAAAGUAUCUCGACAGUCAGAAGGAAAAUGCUAAAACUUACAAGGACCGAGUUUUGUUCGUCAGCAUCAACACGGACGAUGAAGAUCAUGGCAGAAUCCUUGAAUUCUUUGGGAUGAAAAAGGAGGAAGUCCCUGCUGCUCGACUCAUCAAAUUGGCCGAUGAAAUGGCAAAAUACAAACCAGCAACUCAAGUUUUGGACAGUGCUGAUGACAUGAAGACCUGGGUCGAGAGUUUCUUGGACGGAAAGUUGAAGCAACACCUUCUAUCUCAAGAAUUACCAGAAGAUUGGGACAAAAACCCCGUGAAAAUUUUGGUUGCCUCGAACUUUGAUGAAGUCGCUUUGGAUGCUGAAAAGAAUGUUUUGGUCGAAUUUUACGCCCCGUGGUGCGGACAUUGCAAACAGCUUGCUCCAAUUUAUGAUAAACUCGGUGAGAAAUUUGCCUCCGAUUCCACCGUCGUCGUGGCCAAGAUGGACUCCACCAUCAAUGAAUUGGAACACACCAAAAUCAACAGUUUCCCCACAAUCAAGUUGUACAAGAAGGGCGACAAUAAAAUUAUCGAGUACAAUGGAGAACGAACGCUGGAGGGAUUAACUAAAUUCUUGGAAACGGACGGAUCUUACGGACAAGCUGCCCCCGAUCAAGCAGAAGAGGCCGAUGAAGAUGACGAUUCACCAACUAAGGAUGAAUUAUAAAAUGGUUUCCCACAAUUCAAAUUCUUGUUUAGUAAAUUCCAUGAUCGAAUUAAUUCUUAAAUGAACGCAACGUUUUUAGCUUGCGUUGUUAAAAAAUUCCCUCUUCGCACCAAACAAAACGAAAAAUUUAAAAGUUAUUACUUUCUAUAUAAAAAUUGAAAUCAAGUCUUUUUUUAUAUACUCGUGUUACAAAAUAUAUCCAUAUAUUUACUUACUUAUUUAAUUGUUGUGGUACAACUACUUUUGUGGAAUGUGGUAAAAAAUAAAUGAAAUUAUGAGAUGAGGGGUGGAGACUUAAAACAAAACAAAAA